AUGACCAUGUCUACAAUACCAGAGAGUCUAAACAGCCCAGUCUCAGGAAAGAACGUGUUCAUGGAAUUUGGGCCACCAAGUCAGCAAAUGUCGCCUUCAUCCAUGAGCCACGGACAUUAUUCAAUGCACUGUUUACACUCCUCCGGACACCCGCAGCACGACAGCGCAUACAGCCCGGCUCCGUCCUUCCCCAGAUCUCUGCCUUAUCCAUACGUCAACUCGGUCGGUAGCCAUUCCUCCAGUCCGUACCUCAGCACCGUGCAGACUUACCCAAACAACUCGGCUUUGGCGCAGACCAGACUGGAGGACCCAG